CAGCCUCUGCGAAUCGCGCCGGCCCGCGUGGGUCCCGGCGGGCGUAAACCCACCAUGCAGCUGCAGUUCCGGAGCUGGAUGCUGGCCGCGCUCACCCUGCUCGUGGUCUUCCUCAUCUUCGCAGACAUCUCCGAGAUCGAAGAAGAAAUCGGGAAUUCUGGAGGCAGAGGUACAGUCAGAUCAGCUGUGAACAGCUUACAUAGCAAAUCUAAUAGAGCCGAAGUUGUAAUAAAUGGCUCCUCAUCUCCAGCUGUCAUUGACAGAAGUAAUGAAAGCAUUAAACACAACAUCCAGCCAGCUUCGUCCAAAUGGAGACACAACCAGACGCUCUCUCUGAGGAUCAGGAAGCAAAUUUUAAAGUUCUUGGAUGCUGAGAAGGAUAUUUCCGUCCUCAAGGGGACCCUGAAGCCCGGAGACAUUAUUCAUUACAUCUUUGACCGUGACAGUACAAUGAACGUGUCCCAGAACCUGUACGAGCUCCUCCCCAGAACCUCGCCCCUGAAGAACAAGCACUUCCGGACCUGUGCCAUUGUGGGCAACUCGGGGGUCUUGCUGAACAGUGGUUGCGGGCAGGAGAUUGACACGCACAGCUUCGUCAUCAGGUGCAACCUGGCUCCGGUGCAGGAGUAUGCCCGGGAUGUAGGACUCAAGACCGACCUGGUUACCAUGAACCCCUCGGUCAUCCAGCGGGCCUUCGAGGACUUGGUCAAUGCCACGUGGCGGGAGAAGCUGCUGCAGCGACUGCACAGCCUCAAUGGCAGCAUCCUGUGGAUCCCUGCCUUCAUGGCCAGGGGUGGCAAGGAGCGUGUGGAGUGGGUCAACGAGCUCAUCCUGAAGCACCACGUCAACGUGCGUACUGCGUACCCCUCGCUGCGCCUGCUGCACGCUGUCCGCGGAUACUGGCUGACCAACAAAGUCCACAUCAAAAGACCCACCACCGGCCUCUUGAUGUAUACUCUGGCCACACGUUUCUGCAAUCAGAUCUACCUCUACGGCUUCUGGCCCUUUCCACUGGAUCAGAACCAGAACCCCGUCAAGUACCACUACUAUGACAGCCUCAAAUAUGGCUACACCUCCCAGGCCAGCCCCCACACCAUGCCCUUGGAAUUCAAGGCCCUCAAGAACCUGCACGAGCAGGGGGCAUUGAAACUGACUGUCGGCCGGUGUGACGGGGCCACGUAAGGUGGGCACCCCAUGAGACUCAGUGGCUCACAUUUCCUGCCAGCUACACCACAGGCAGAUGGGAGUCGGGUGGCACAAACAAUAGAACAAGCAGGCUAGUGGUUUCCUUUGUUAAAGUGUAAAACAGUGACCAGAAUAUAUAUAUCUGUACCUGCAUAUAUAUAUUGACCUGAGUAUUUAUAACUGUGUGGUGUUCAUCUAGCAUUAGGCAGAUAAGCCACAGGAAGAAGGUGUGGAGAACCCACCUGAACCAGAUUGAAACUCAGUCCAUCUUUGGGGGCGGAAAGACUUGACAUGCAAAGAAGCCGGUCCCAUGACUUUGAAUGACAACCUGCCUCCUCAGUUGGGAGGAUCUUUGGGCUCGUGGAUGAAUGGAGAGCCACCUAUUGUCAGCUGCCUGGACCUCUGGGAUAUGUGGAUUCUGGGUAGCCAAGACCCAGAGAGGACAGUUUGACCCAGUCUAAAGCCGUGCUGUUCACGGAGGAGCGGUUAGAGAAUUUAGCUGGGCAAAGGAGCACAAAGAAGCCAAGCAGAGGCCACAGCAGAGCUGAGGGCCAUACUUCAUGAACUUAGAGUUUGAUUGCCCAACGGACAAGCUGUGGGUGACAUACAUGUCCCCGACAGGCCUCCACAGCUAUGGAGAGAAGGCUAAAGGAGACACGAUGGACAGUCAAUAUUCUGGCUAAGCAAGAACCACCAAGAACCUCAGGUGGAGCAGGCAGAUGACCCUAAAGAGGUAGAGUGCUCUAAAUCAUGCUUGUGAAAAAUUGAGAACUUCUUCCAAGGGCGUGCUCCACCUCAGAAUAAGGAGGAAGAGUGUCCAAAAUGUGGUCAUUGUGUGGGGUGUUUUUUGAAGCAACUGAGGUCUGCCAAGAAGGACACCAUGGGAUUUUUACCUUCUAGGUUAGCCUCCCUCUCACCCUCUUAGAAUGUCACACGAGAAACUGUAUGUCCCUUGUGCCACCAGGGGAGACACAACAAAAAAUUUGAAAGGGCACUGUCAAGAUAAAUGUCAUCCUUUUUAAAAUAUAUAUGAUUGCCUUUCUGGGGGCCUCACAGAACCCCAGAAUAUAAGACCUGAAAGAAUGUGAAGCCUCCAGCCCCGUGUCUCUGCAGCCACUCUCUUUAUUUACUGUCUGCAUCCUGCGCUCUGCAGGGCCCCUGCAGCCAGACUGGCUGUAUCAAUGUCACUUUCUUGCCACUAUCGCAUCCUAAUGGUCAUACUCACCCUCACAGAGCUCCUCAUGAGGUUUUUGGAGGAGGUUUUCAACUCUGCAGGGAAAGAUUCCAAUGUCCACCCCACACCCACCACCUUCUUCUCCCCACAGAGGCAAUGAUGGUGGAAUUUUGCAAAAUUCUUUUUUUUCCUCUUGCUAAGAUUCUCAUUUAAGACUUUUGUUUUUAUGAAAACCCAAAGUCAAAUGCUGGACAUAAUCUCCUGCAGAAAUCUGGGCUCCAUGCCAAUAAUUUAGGGGCUAGAAUCACAGGUCACACGUAGAGAAGCAUUAGUCAGCUUGAUUUGUUAGAUGUAUU